GUGUGUGUGUGUGUGUGUGUGUGCAGGUGAAGCGUGUGAUGAACGGAGUGUUUCACUCUCUGCGAGGAGAGUUUGACGUCAGCGAGUCUUACAGCGGUCAGGCGGUGCUCGGGGUGAUUGUCACUACCAUUAAGAAUGUAACCCUGCAGCUGCUCAGUGGAACAGACAGACCGUCACAGAAACCGAUUAAGAGUGAAGAGGAAGCAGAGAAGGAGGAAGAAAGUGAAGAUGUGAGACAAAGAGAGGAGACUUGUCAGCAGCACGUCCAUGUGAAUGGAGGGAGAGAAGAGAAGGAGGAGGAAGACGAGCAUGAGGAUGAUUCUAACAGAGUGGGCGAGACUGUGAAGGAUCAGGAAGUAUCAACAGAGAAGCAGGCAGAGGCAGCAAGUGAGUCAAAGACACAGGCAGAGACUUUAGAGAAAACUGAUCCCAACCCAGCUUCAGCCGCUGAACCCAAACAACCAGAGACACCAGCAGCUGAGGCUGCAGCAGAGUCUACAGUACAAGAGGAGCAGGUGGAGCUCUCUUUUCCAGAAACCUCUACAGAGGAAAAAGACACCAACAGGUCUGCAGAGUCACAAGAUGAACCUGAAGAGAGACCUCCACCUGCAGACCGACAGGAAAGUGUGUCAGAAGUAAAAGCUGCAGCGAGCAGCGAGAUGAAGCAGGAGUGUGUGGAGGACAGAGAGCACGAAGGAGAAAUACAAGCUGACUCUCAGAAAGCUUUUUCACCCCCGGUUAACCCCCCUCCACCCCCGAACGCCCUUCAAAAGAGCUCAGGAGAAGACGUGAGUCUGACUGGGGGAAUGGGUGAGGAAAAUGGAGAGGAGCCAUUUUUCCAGAACACAAAUCCUGCCAAACCCCCCGCAGCUCCCAGUGAGGAGGAAGAGGAGGAUGAGAUGAGUCUGAAGGGCCGCCCACCCCCCGCCCCUCUGUUUGGUGAUGAUGAGGAGGAGGAUGAUGAUCUAGACUGGCUGAACUGAGCUGUAUCCAGGAUAAAAUCAAAGUCUGCGUCUUCAUUUCCAGCAUAUAUAAAAAGGCGCAUGGUUCCUUCUGCAGCUGUGUCUGCCCUGUGGGAGCAGUGAAGAUGACUGGGGCGGCCUCUGCGGCUGGAUCUGAUUGGACGGAGCAGAUCUGAGCGCCCUCCUCUUCGUCUAAGAGUCGUCCUGCUGACUGACAGCUGCUGUCUGUUGAGAACAAAGCUGCUGCUCCAGACUCUGAUUGUGGUUCAAAUCCCAAGCCUGUAAUUCACAGAAGAAUCAAAACCACUUCAUUUCAUUUGUCAUGUGUUGAUGAUGCAGUUUAAUUCAUGUUUCUACAUGGCACUGUAGCAGAUUAGUUUGUCCAAUCAGCAGUAAUCCUGUCGUCUGUUUUCUUUUCUUUUUUAGACUG